GCAGGUGUGAAUAUCAUGAUUGAAAAACAAGUUUUUGCCCAUGGAAAUUCUUGAGCACUGGCUGAGACCUUGGGUUGGGACCGAAUUAACUGGAGUCAAAUUAACGAAAAUCAACUGUACAUUUAUGAUGUCUGUGUACCAACCUUCCAGGUACCAGAAGGCGUGGCGAGACUACGUAAAGUUUCGCCAUCUGCUUGCCAACAAGCCCAAAGUGCUUUACACUGACCGGCACAAGCUACUCCAGAAGGAAGUCAAGCUUCAAGAGAUGAGGCUCAAAAGCAACUUGAAGAGGGACGUUACUGUGGUAGUAAGCAGCAAGGGCUUCUACCGGACAGGCAUCAUGUGUGAUGUUGUACAGCAUGCCCUGCUGCUUCCCGUGCUUGUGUGCCACCUUCGCUUCCACAAGUCUCUGGACUUUCUGGAAAGCAUCAUUGGGACUGAAUUUAAGGACCGUUAUCUUCUCCAGCUGGCAUUGACACACCCAUCUUACCGGCAGAACUUUGGCACUAACCCAGACCAUGCACGCAACUCGCUGAGCAACUGUGGCAUCAGGCAGCCAGAAUAUGGGGAUCGGCGCAUACACUACCUCAACACACGAAAAAGAGGCAUCAAUACAUUGAUCAACAUCAUGUCACGCUUUGGUCGACAAGAGGAGACGGCAUCCAGCAUCAGCCAUAAUGAGCGGUUGGAGUUUCUUGGUGAUGCAGUGGUGGAGUUUCUCUCGAGCAUCCACCUUUUCUUUAUGUUUCCGGACCUUGAAGAAGGUGGAUUGGCCACCUAUCGAGCUGCCAUUGUCCAGAACCAGCACUUGGCCGUUCUUGCUAAGAAACUGGAGUUGGAGAAAUACAUGCUUUAUGCUCAUGGUUCAGACCUCUGCCAUGAUUUGGAGCUGCGUCAUGCCAUGGCCAACUGCUUUGAGGCACUUAUGGGUGCCCUUUUUCUAGACAGUGGCAUCAAAGUGGCUGACAGGGUCUUUUCUACGACUCUGUUCUCGGAGCCUGAUCUUCUUGACGUCUGGGUCAACUACCCACCACAUCCCUUGCAGGAACAAGUGCCUGAGGGUGAUAGAAAGUGGAUUGACUCCGUUCCGCUGCUGAAGAAACUGAAUGAGUUUGAACAGCUGACGGGCAUUGAGUUCACCCACAUACGACUGCUGGCCAAAGCCUUCACUCACCGCAGCAUUGGAUUCAACAACCUCACCCUGGGCUCAAACCAGAGGCUAGAAUUCCUGGGCGACACCGUUUUGCAGCUGGUUGCAUCUGAGUAUCUCUACAAGUACUUCCCAGAGCACCAUGAAGGCCAUUUAUCUCUUCUCCGAAGCUCUCUGGUGAACAACCGGACACAGGCAGUAGUGUGUGAUGAUUUGGGGAUGGUGGAAUACACUAUAUACCCAUACCCAAAGGCUGAACUCAAGACUAAAGAUCGUGCCGACAUUCUUGAAGCUUUUCUGGGAGCGCUGUUUGUUGACCAGGGGUUGGAGCACUGCAAUGCGUUCUGCCAGGUGUGUUUCUUUCCACGACUGCAGGACUUCAUUCUCAACCAGGACUGGAAUGAUCCAAAGAGUAAGCUACAACAGUGCUGCCUCACACUGCGAUCCAUGGAUGGUGGAGAGCCAGACAUACCCAUGUACAAAGUGAUUGAGUGUAAGGGACCAACCAAUACCAGGGUGUACACAGUGGCAGUCUACUUCAGGAGAAAAAGGCUUGCCACAGGAUCUGGUCACAGCAUCCAACAAGCAGAGAUGGCUGCUGCCUCAAAAGCUCUGGAAGCAUACAAAGAACUCUUCCCCCAGCUGAGCCAUCAGCGAAGAGUCCUCGAAAGAAGUCUCAAGCAGCGAGCUCCAGGCAAAGAGGAUGAACACAGUACUCCAACAACCAAGAAAUUGCGGGACAACUCUUCUGCGGAUUCACGAAGCAGGCACAAUUCUUCGUCAUCGCGAUCACAUAGAAGUCUUGACAGAAGGAGGACAAGUCGCGAAAGGAAGAAGAGGUCAAGAUCAAAGAGCAGGGACACCACUAAAGCAGAUGUCAGAAAACCAAAGGAAGUGCUGUGAUUCAUCAUUUUCAGAGUGCGCACAUCUUCAUCUAUCAGUUUGUAAACUGUGAAAUGCAGCUUUUUUACAGCAUUUCACUGCAGAAGUACAGUAUAGACCACUUAUAACGUAACCGCUUGUAGUGCAGGACCGGAUAUAAUACGGUCUUUUCAGACUCCCGGUAAUUUUCCCAUAGCACUCUAUGUAUACGCGUAUCGCUUAUAGUGCAGUUGCGGGACACGAAAUACCGGUUACAGUACGGCUGCCUGGAAGUUCGGCAGUCAACCUAGAUGGCAAACGCUCUCCUCAAGCCACAACUACUGUAUUUACUUGAAUAUAACACGCACUUUUUUCCUAUAAAACAGGUCCAAAAAUUGCGUGCGCGUUAGAAUCGAGUAUCGUAUCUGCGUUACGAUAUAGCCGUCGGCAUUUCAAAAUGGCCGCCUAGCUACUCUCGAGCCUAGCUACCGUAGCUUCCUCCAUGUGCUGCAGUACACGUGCUUAGGCAAUAGUCUACUGUCUGUCUUCACGUUCUCUGCGUCUGCUCUAUCAGCAUGAAGCACUGAGUUCGUCAUGAUGCCGCAUUUAAAAAGAAAGUGAUCAUGUGUGCGGAGAUGGAGGGAAAUCGGGCCGCAUCACAGGCGUUCGAAGAAUCCGAAACUUGGGUUCGGGACUGGCGCAAACAGAAGGAGAGGAUUUUCGCCAGCAAAGCAAUGCAGAACGGUUUCAGUGGACCGAAGCAGGACGUAAUCUGCGACGAUCCACUUCGGCGAUACGAUCGCCUUGGCCCUAUCUUGAAAGCAAUAGGUCGCGCUGAAGCGAGAGGCAUGAUAGCACGAAGGUCAAUUCGCUGUCCGCGCUUCGUCACCUGAGCGUUUUUACAGUUCGUUUCCGCGGUCAACGAGCGAGAUGUGUUCGUGUUUGCUUGUGCGCGCGUGACAUCGUGCUUGUUAACCUAGAGCACGGUGACAGCGACGGCAGAAAUGCGGCUGGAGUGUUCAUUAUCGCAAUAAAAUAGUCGUUUUGGUUAUAGUGCGGUACCGCUUAUAGUAUGGAUAUUCACGACUCCAGAGAACUACGUUAUAAGCGGUCUACACUGUAUUGUUAUUUAGAGCAAAAAUGUGACCAUGUAGCCAAACAGUAUCACUUGUGUAUUUUUCAUGUGAAGUGCUCACAGUAUCCGAUGUGAUUUGCAUGGAAGCAAAAAGGCUUGGAGCAUCAAUAGAACAUGUGUUUGUAAUAGUGUUUAGAUCGUUGUUGAAAUGUGUGUGCCCGACUAAUAUCGGUGUCACACGGCCAUUCCAAGGCCUUUGAAACUAUAGCCUAUCGACUCAUUGGCAAAGUAGGCGCUGCCACACGGGCAGUUUCAACGGCCAUUGAGUCACUAGUCUAUUGAGUCGAUGGAGUUGCGCUAAACUCUUUGCUAUUGGUGUCAUUGAGUCUAUCGAAACCUAAAGCCUUUGAGCAGUGGACAUGGGCAUCCUCGUCAACAGCAUGUUUAUUGUGGCGAACGGUAAGCGAUAGACUCAGUGAAAAAGAAGAGCGAGAAACUGUUUACUUUUUAGACAUAAUUUUUUUUUCUUGUCGCAACAAACGCAAGUCUGAUGCCAUGAUGAAAACACUGCAGUCAGCCGCUUCAGUGUUGCCAGAGUGCCCUGAUAAAACCGACAACAUACCAUACAAAAUGUGAAAAUGUGACUACCACCUAACUAAACAUAGUACAUUUCAGUAUGUCAUUUAAAUUCCCUACAGCAAUGAAAACACACUCUUUAGGUGCAGUAAACCCUCGUUAUAACGAAGUGAAUGGGACGGUGAAAAAAUUUGAUAUAGGAGGUAAUUCGAUAAAAGCAACUUCUCCAUAAAAGCUAAAAAAGUUGAGCUGAAAUAGCACAACCUGCGGAAGUCUAAUGUGAGUGUAUCACAUGGCGCAUUUUCCAUCGUGAUCGAGCCAGAUAGGGAUUGAAUUCCUCGGUCGCAAUUGGCUCCUUUGCAUCAAGCUGCGGGAGGGAGCCAAUAGGGUCUUGGUUCAGGCGACUUUGGAAGGCGUAAGGCGGCAUGGAGUAACAUCUCAGUGAUAACAAUGACGUCGUAUAGAUAAGCUAUGGACAUGCACUGCCAGUACAUGACUAUCCUAAGAAAGUGUCGAAUGCGACCUGUGGACAUCCCUCUCAUGACCGUUUGGCCGCACUUUCUGUGUCCCGCGAACAUGCAAGGUCCCGCCGACAUCCCUUGCAUGUCCGCGAGGGAUAUUAGGCUGACAUGCUGCGUACAUUUUGCAGACAUAUGUCAGGGCCUUUUGCGCAGUUUUUGCCAUAAUGUAAAUUAUGGUCGCAACACACGCUGUUUGACAGAUGCAAUUAACGGGCAGAGCGCCCAUGCUUCAAGAACAGAUACAUUGUGUGCACACACCCGCCGUGGUGGUGUACAUUGCGCUACUAAGCCCGAGGGCGCAGGAUCAAAUCUGGCUGCAUUUCGAUGGGCGUGAAUUGCAAAAACACCCGUGUACCAUGCAUUUGGUGCACGUUACAGAACCCCAGGUGGUAAAAAUUAAUCCGGAGUCCCUCACUACUGCCUGCCUUAUAAUGAAAUCGUGAUUUUGGCACGUAAAACCCCAGAAUUUAUUACAUUGUGUGCACACUUUACGCACGCAUGCAUGCAUGUGUGCGGAAGGGCAACAUACUCCUCAUUCUUGUAGGCCUUCUGCCACGUGCAAGAGGCUUAUUGAACUAACAAAUUGCAAUAGAAAAUUUGUUGAGUACGACGUACACACGAGCUGCAGACAUGAUAGCUUCGGAAUGUUAUUCGAACAUGCGAGAAAACAUAAUUCUUAGGAAAUUUAGACAAAGUCUCAAUUGGAGGACAAAUAUUCACAUGUCUGUCAAAAGGCCCAUGUGGGAGAACCUUGUGACAUUCAUGGUAGAAUAUUCGAAACAGGUCCAUGUGCAAUAUCCUUGGAACAUCUGUAAUAUAGGAUCCGAAAUGGUGCAUCGACAUUGGGACAUGAUUCGGAGGUCCUAUGGAGGAAGAGGGUGGCAACUGUUGGUGUAGCUGGCGACAGAGAGGGUCCCUCGCUCACCCGGCACAUAACACUUCGCUCGGCACGAUAGGCGCGGAGCCCCGCCAUGAGUGUGCACAUGCCCCUUGACAGUUCUCUCUAAGUGGAGCAGCUUAUCGAUAUGCUUCGUGUAAUCCAGUUUUAAAUGCAUGCGUUUGGGUUGGGACUGGGAGAAAUUUUGAAUAAACGAUAAUUCAAGUAAAGCAGCUUUGUUAUAACGAGGGUUUAUUGUAUUUAGAAUAAUUGUUAGGGCCAUUCACUUUCAGGGAUCCAGAAUCGUCGCUUACAACGGGCCACAAGUGCUUGGUGUCAGAUUGGGGAAACAUUUCGAUGGCCAUCAAGUAUGCUGUGUAGCAGUGAUACAACUCUUUAAAUUCGAUUAAGAAUUUCGAAGGCGAUCGACAUGAUAGCCAUUGAGAAAUGCCCGUGUGACCCGGUUAUAAUACUGCCAUUUUCGCUUCUUGGUUGAUUCUACAAGUGACUGCUUUUCCACCCCACUGCAUUAAGGGGCCCAGCGACGCGGCAGGGAAAGCUUGUUGAGCUGCACCGAUAGCAUGGCCUCGAUCCAGUGAUUUCGUGAACUUCAUAGACAGGAUUAAACGUCAAAGAGUGAUGCUAUUAUUAUUGGUUAAAAAUGCAGUGUGCGAUUUACGUACGCGUGAUAUUGCGAGUUCUGCAGAAAAGCUGCAGAAACCGCAUUACGGUUUAGAACCAUUUUAAGUAUCGCACAGCCACGGUCGAGGUGUUGCAAGUAUGGGAACAAUGGCACUUUGGCAAGUAUGGCACUUUGGCGCGCCAACGGCCGCCUGGCGGAAGCUGUUGUAACCAUAAAGGUGGCGCGAUGGUCUCUGAGACCAGGCCGCACACCACCCGGUCCCGGACGCCGUGGAAACACAAUCAACAGGCUGAGCAGGCCUGACAGCUGUGGCGAGCUAAUGCCCUGCUGCUAUUGGCAUCACCACAUGACGUCAUGGAAGAGUGAGAUAUGGCAUCCAGAGCCACAAAAAUUUUAGUGAAGGGUAACUCUAAUUUUCUUGUAUUUUAAAUUUUUUUCUGACCAAUAACUUUGUUUUAUGUGGGUCAGUUUUCAAAAUUCCUUUAAAAAAUUUUGUGGUUUUACGUGCCAAAAUCACAAUAUGAUAAUGAGGCAUGCUGUAGUGGGGGACUCUGGAUGAAUUUUGUCCACCUGGGUUCUUUAACGUACACCCAAUUCACGUACAUGGGCGUUUUUGCAUUUCACUUCCAUCGAAAUGCGGCUGGGAUGCCAUCUUGUGCCCUCGGGCUUAGCAGCCAUAAUGCCUUUUUCUCUGUGUUCUAUGACAUGUUGAGAAUAGAUCUAGAGUAAAUCUGGGGACUCGGAAAAAAGCGUUGCAUUGCCUCUUUAAACAUUAGAAGUAUGUGAAUUUAUAAAUUUUGGAUAUUUCUUUUUGCUGAUUGAUUCAGGAAUCUGAUAUUUGAAAUGUAUUUUUUUGUCUUCUUUCAUUUCUAGACAGUGUACUGCAUUCUAGUGAUACAUCAGUUUUAGAUGGUCUUUGGAUUUGGCAUUUUCACUGUGCUAGCACCACGGAAGUGAUGUAUAGUGUGUGAUUUGUGUUAUAAUGAACAGAACUUUUGUCAUGCACUUUUGGAUGUGAAUGUACAAUUUUUUCUUUCAUUGUAAUCAUUAUCAUGUAAAUGCUCUUGAUAUUUUACAUGUUAUUUGUUUGGUGCCUUAUUGACCUUACUUGCAUUUGGUGGCAUCAGAUAUAGUGAUAACAGUACAUUUCCGUUAAUUCAACUCUAGUUGAUUCAAUUUUUUACGGUUAAUUAAAGCCAUCUGUGUUUUGAGAAAGCCAGCAAAAAGGAGGCAUCAAGAUGAAAAACUCCUAAAGUCGAGGGGACGUUUAGGGCCAAUUACAUAGCGGGAGUUUAUCUAAAACUGUGAAGGCCCGUCAGUAAGCCUAUUAAGUGUAUCAGUGCUCAUACUGUGACUGGAGACGGCGCAUGUCUGUGUGUAAAUUCAGCAACACUUGCUAUGUCCCGUAACGGUGGCACCUCUUCCAGCUUGGUAUGCUUCACUGCAUAACACGGCUGUAUUGUCGCGAAGCUAACUUUAAAGGCAAGUACUGCCAAGUAAAUAAACGGCAGGUAUUGGCGUUUUUCUUUUCUGUCUUUUGUUGAAUUCGACCCGCCGGAUAAUUCCACCAGUUUCUUCGGGCCUGUCAGGUUCGAAUUAACGGUAGUUGACUGUAUAAGCUUUGUCUACCCUUGCUUCUUGCAUCAUUUUUCUACUUCUAAAAUAUUUGUUAAAGAUACCUAGUUUCUGUUGAUUCCUGCAUUCAAUUUCUCGGUAUGCAAAUUGCUAGUGCACACUGACUGCUGGAUGAUGGUUGAAAAGUAAAAAAGUGAGAAAGAUGUGCAGAAGCUACAUGCAGGCUUUUCACAUCAGCCUUGGUUCGCAGAAACAAUAUUUCAUGUUUUUAAACUUGUAGAACUCAAGUCCAACUUGUUGCAUGCCAAAAAUUAAAGAGCAGUGCUGGUAU